CAGUACAAUUAAAACGCCUCUGAGUGGGACGGACGGAGCGCGAGCCCGCUUGGGGAAGAGUCGAGGAGCGAGGAACCUUGUGAAGCGUCCUCUUCGUAACUCCCUCUAGUGAACCACAAUGUCCAGGCAACAUUUCCAGGCAGAAUGGAAUGACAUUGACAAGGAAUAUCAACAAUUACAGGAAUCUCAUAAAUUAUACAGACACAAACUUGAGGAACUCACCAAUCUUCAGGCAACAUGCAGCAGCGCCAUCAGUAAACAAAGGAAAUGCCUGAAAGACCUGAGGUUUACAUUGAACAAGUGUGCGCAGUCAUGUGACGAGAAAGAGCUGAAACUAAUAACAGACAUUAAAACACAAAUCAAAGAGCGGGAGAAUGCUUUCUUUGACAUGGAAGCAUAUUUACCAAAGAAAAACGGACUGUAUCUGAGUUUGGUCCUGGGUAACGUGAACGUGACGCUUCUCAGCAACCAGGCGAAGUUUGCCUAUAAAGACGAGUAUGAGAAGUUCAAGCUUUGUCUGACAAUAAUCCUGAUGUUUGGAGCUAUAACCUGCCUCUUCUUUCUCAACUGUCGAGUCACUGAUGAAAUCUUCAACUUUCUGCUGGUGUGGUAUUACUGCACGCUGACUAUCAGAGAAAGCAUCCUCGUCACUAACGGGUCCAGGAUCAAAGGUUGGUGGGUUUCCCACCAUUAUGUGUCCACCUUUCUGUCAGGUGUCAUGCUUACUUGGCCAGAGGGGCUAAUGUAUCAGAUGUUUCGGAGCCAGUUCCUGGCUUUCUCCAUUUAUCAGAGCUUUGUUCAGUUCCUUCAGUAUUACUACCAGAGCGGCUGCUUGUACAGACUACGAGCUUUAGGGGAGAGGAAUCAGCUGGACCUCACCGUGGAGGGAUUUCAGUCCUGGAUGUGGAGAGGCCUCACUUUUCUCUUGCCCUUCCUGUUUUUUGGCCACUUUUGGCAGCUAUACAACUCUGUGACCUUGUUCUCCUUGGCAAGACAUGAGGACUGUAAAGAGUGGCAGGUGUUGAUGCUAGCACUGACCUUUCUCGUCCUCUUCCUGGGAAAUUUCCUCACAACUUUAAAAGUUGUCCACCAAAAAAUUCUAAAAAAUGAUGAGAGCGUGCAAAAGAGUGACUGAGAAUACCUCAACGAGACGUCUGUGAUGCUCCAGAAGGCCAGUAAUUAUGAAUCAAACACGCACAAUUGCUUGAUGGGCCGACCACAGAAUGAUCCGUGAGACGACAGAGCUGAAACCACAGUUCAUCUCCGUCUUCAGUGACAUCAGUGAGCAGCUGCGUCUAGCCAAAGUCUCCUGCAAACAUGCUCCUACUUUCUAAUGACUUGAUGUUGCUAUGAGGUGGGAACAGUGGGAAUAAUCACCAAAUACUACGACCAGUCUGUUAUCCUGCUUAUAGAAAUUGUGGAGGGAAUCUGUUUCUUCUGUGUUUGUGUCAGAGUGCAUGGCCUUUAGAGAAGCUUCUGUUCUGAUCAUAUGCAGUUAAACGAGGACAGGUAGCAGAACAUAGUUUGCCUUUUGAGACACGGCGUCUGCAGUGUGCAUACUUCAGUGACGUAGUAGUGAUCCAACUGGCUCCAGCUGCACCUCAUCUAAUGAACUUCCUUCUUCUUUUAACGUCCUAAUGUCACGUCAUUUCACUGCAAACUGAUUUCUGGAGAUAUUAACUCAGAAAGGUUAAAUGCUGGUCCACAAUGUUCACAGCUGAUUCUGAUAUUCAAGUAUGACUGACUUCAGUCUAGACUCGGAGGAAGUUGUUUUUCCAUUUAAUUUGGAUGAUAAGGGAACCUGUCAGUCUUUCUCCUACCAGCAGAGAUUAAAAAGCUAUACAUGUUGGGUUUAUCUGUCAAAGAAACUACAAAAUGUUUACAAAAAUGUAGAAAUCUGUUUCCUCUAAGGAUCAAUGAGCUUUUCACGUGAACUGUUGUUACUAAUACACUAAAGUAUUACUGAGUACCACGUUACACUGGUGGUUUUAAUCUGGUGAACAAAAACCUGCAAAAUAAACGUAAUUUAUCACAGAGUUCAGAUAUUAAGGCAAAUUCUUGGAUUAUCUUUCCAUCUCGUUACACAAUGUUGCAGAAAUGCUAAAAUGCUGCUAAUGAGAAAGUUACCGUAGGAUCACAAAAACGUCCUGGGUUGUUUUUCUAAAUCCAGCCAACAUGACAGUUUUUUGUAAUAUAAAAACUUUGUAUUCAUUUUUGUAGUUUUCUCACCUCCUUUUACAUGCAUGAUUGCUCAAGACUCAGGACUUAAAUGCCUUAUUGAGAAAGAAAACAAAAUACUGUUUUGUUCAGUAAACUAGCAUUCAUCAGUGCUGAUUCCUGUCAUCCAUGCUCUUUUCAUUUGUUUGCACUCUGAGGGAAAAUUGGAGCAUGCUGCUAGAAAACGUUAAAUGUCAAAACUUCCAGACUACACAAAAUAAUAAGUCGUCCAUGUUUUUAAUCAUGUGAUCUCAUUUCAUGACUGUAUAAGGCACCUGGAUGAGGGGUCAGUAACACAAAGCCAUUUUUUGUGUCCAAAUGUUUAACUACAAAAACAUGCCUCAAUAAAAACAGAUAUGCAAAUGUG